AUGACUGUGACAACGUCUCUGUUUUCGGAGCUGAAAGCUCACCUCGCGGACACCAAAACCAAGACUUAUGCACCUGAUGCACCAGACUUUAAGCAAAUUGAGCAAUGUUUUGUUGAGAAACCUGUCCAAACUCUUGGUGUGGUCAGACCUCAGAACGGGGAUGAAGUCGCAUCAGUGGUCCGUUUCUGUUUAGAACGUAACGUCGAGUUUACUAUACGUGGAGGAGGCCAUGAUUGCGCUAGUCGAACAUUGGUCGAUGGGGCACUGGUUGUAGACAUGCGAGAUAUCAAACACGUCGUCGUGGCUCAAGACCAGAAAAGCGCAAGAGUUGGUGGGGGUAUUCUCAGUGGUGACUUGGCCAAGGCUUUGGGCAAGGAUAAGUUGGCGGCGCCCACCGGCACAGUUGCAAGUGUAGGAUACACCGGAUGGGCGACUCUUGGUGGCUAUGGCCCCUUGACAUCGCAUUAUGGUCUCGGCGUUGACCAGAUCAUCGGGGCCAAGAUCGUAAACGCUCAUGGAGAAUACGAGGAUGCGAACGAAGAACUGCUUGUUGGUAUCCGAGGCGGUGGCGGAUCACUCGGCAUAAUCGUUGAACUGUCCGUCAAAGUUUAUCCCAUUGACAAGGUGAGUAUCGUAACCCUCAUGCCAGCCUCUCGCUUACCUCGGAAGAUUCUCUCAUCUACUAUCGUCUACGACUCAACCGACCUAUCCGCCGCUCUUGCCUCCUACACCCAACACUAUGAAAGACUCCUCGAGUCAGAACAGCUCCCCGUGUACCUUCAGCUCCAGCCCAUGAUUGCCCAAAUGCCAGGCCAGCCUGCAGGUCUGAUGAUCAUCGCGACUUGGCACGGCGAAGACAAAGACGAAGGCCGCUCUUGGAUCAAAAACAUCGCCGGAGCAGCGACCUGCAUUAUGGAAAACACGCAGGAGAUCUCACUCGCGGAAAUGCUUGAGAAUAAUGAAAAGCUCGUAACGUGGCCAUCUUACGGUCGAGUCUAUACCCUUAACGUUAAGAGAAUGACAGAGGAUGCCGUUAAAAUUGUUGGAAAGCAUUGUAUCAAUGCUCCAGGCGGAAGUCUCAUCUUCUCGUAUCAUACACUGCUCUCAGGACAAGAGCCAGAACAGAAGUCUGUUUUUGGAACACGGGCACGCCAUCAUAUGCUUGAGAUCUACGCUAUUCUUGUAGACAAGGGUAUCGCAGAAGAGCGGGUUCAGUGGGCUGCCGAGGUCAAGGCUAAUCUUCAGGCAGAAGACGCUGAUAAUAUUCUGGAGGGCUGGGUGACCAGUUGCGAAACUUGCAAGGCUGUAUGGCAACGACUGACGAGUGGCGAUACAUUUAAGCACACAAUCAACCUUGGAAGUUACAAGGAUGCACUCCCUGCACAAUGUCCUCAUUUCAAACCGAUAGUGGAAGCACUCUACGAAUACAGUAAAGACGAAAACGGAAAUGCUAUGUCCAGAGAGGUUCGGAUCGAAUUCGGUACCCAAGGAUACACUAUCGAUCUUGAUGAGACUGUCGAUCAUUGUGGAUACCGCUGGACUCUUGCUCUAGUUGAGGAAGAUUCUGCCCCUCAUCAUCCUGGUCGUCCAGUUGAUGCCAGCGUUCUCGCCAUGCUUCAAGAACCAGAUGCUCUAGAAAGCCCUACCCUCUCAGGAUAUGUUUCCCCCAUUAUACGAAACGCCAUUUUCUUGACCGCGGCCAUUGGGGAAAGCUAUCUCUGGGCAGAUGCAAUAUGUAUUACCUACGAAGAUCGAGAAUCAACUGCUCAGCAACUGACAUUAAUGGGUGCCAUCUACGCCAACGCAACCGUCACGAUCAUAGCAGCUGAUGGUGAUUCCCUCACCGGCCUGGCAGGUAUCAAGGGUCUCUCAGCUGCACGGCAACUCAAACAGGGCAUCAUUCCGUUUGGUGACCAAAAUCUGCUGAGAAAAGACAACUUUGGGCUGGAAGCUGAAUAUUGGCUACCUUACUACGAAAGAGGCUGGGUAUACCAGGAAAUGAGGAUGUCCGCUCGAAAGAUAGUCUUUCACGGUCAGCAGCUACACUGGAUGUGUCAAUGUGCUGUCUGGCAUGAAGAAUCGGCACAGAAACGCCAAAUUGAAAAGGGCCCAUACAGUCUGGUAACAAUAGACUCAUCCAUGAGGAUUCUCUUUUCUGGGUUCUUUGACUGGUCUAUAUUCAGCCUGCUUGUAUCACGGUACAACGACAUGACAUUUCGAUACGAUGAGGAUGCUCUCCCUGCAAUAUCAGGAUUCUUUUCUGUUCUCAGUCGACGCUUUAAAGGUGGCUUCUUGUACGGAAUACCAGAAAUGAUGUUUGAGCGUGGACUUGGUUGGAAACCGUGGCUUGACUCCAUAAACCUUGAAAGACGCAUUCAAUCAUCCAGGCCUCAGGAAAUCCAGCUCAAACCUUCUGGUCUUCCUUCCUGGUCAUGGAUAGGGUGGAGCGGCAGUGUGGAUCCAGGAUAUAAUGAAGCAACAUUGCUGGCAAGAGGUUAUGAUGAACUAGAAGAAACAACGCCCAUCACUGAAUGGUACACUAGCCACUCGCCAACAGAUCCGCCUCAGCUGCGGCGAAGGAUAAGGUCAACAUGGUAUGAGGACCGGAACAGCUACAAGGACUUUACCAAGCCGCUACUGCCAGGAUGGACACGCCACAGAGCUCCAGACAAGUCAACGUGGAAUGACGGGCCUCAUUUGUUCCCAGAUGGAUGCAAUGAAUACGUUUUUAGACAUGAGGAUAUGCCAGUUGAUGAGUCGGAUGUGGAGGAAGGACAGGCAUGGUAUUAUCCUUUUCCUGUUAUUGAGGUGACUGAAUCAACAUUGCCCGAUAUGCCUGAGCAGACAGAUUAUCUGUUUUGUGAGACGAAGAAGGCUCAACUACAGGGGAUUCAAAAAAGGGGAGAACGGAAAGAUGCCUUGCUCUAUAAUAACCAGGAACAGGAGGUUGGGUUCCUCAAUUUAGUCAACGAUGACUACGUGGCUCGCUUCCCUAAGACAAGGACUGAUGGAGAGGGAGGUCUUCAGGUAGAUCUGGUGGCUGUAUGUAAAGUUAGGACAUACGGCAGGACUCAGGAUGAAGUCACCGAGAUCUGGGACAAGACGUUAACCACGAAGGAUACGUAUCUGGUUUUAUGGGUGGAGUGGAUAGGUGGGAUUGCAUAUCGUCUUGCUAGUGGACAUGUACAGGUCGACAAGUGGGAUGAGUUGGAUUUGGAAUCUAUCUCUUUGAUUCUAGGAUAG